UAGACAAAGGCAUUCGCUGCCAAACACCUUUUACUGUGAGGAUACCCUUCUUGUCCUGCAGACAGCAUACGGACUCAGCUUUCUCCAAGAGUAAGAGCGUUUGUAGCGGACAGAUUUCAAUGCUCCAUGUGCUACAAAGCCUUCAUCGUUCUACCAUGGUCCAGUGCGUACUUAAUUCGAUCUCGUUCUGUCGUCCUGUCCCUGAACUUCCAAACGAAUGUCCUCAGGUGUUUCUUUUCACGCUCCAACCUGAAGAGCUUACGGAAAGACACGAUUACUAUGCUACCAGCGUCGGGAGAUUGUACCAGUCGCUCCAGAAAUACCUUGGUGCCAAUCACGAGUAUGAAGGUUUCUUCGGGGGUCUAUUAUAGCUUCUUUGCAUUAUCAGGUGCAUCUUUCGAUUCACCGAAGGCGACUGGAGCUCACAAUCACUGCGAAUCACGUUCAAAGCGCCUCGUCCAUGUUCAUCGUCUGUACUCAGAUAUGUCCUGUUAAGUCACACGUGAUAGUGUGCCUCUCCUUGGUAGGUGCUCAAUGGAGUAGGCGCAUGAUAUAAGGCGAAUU